AUGUUAUGUAAUUGUAACGCUAAGCCAAAAUUAUUAAUUGGUCAGGACAAUCAUCAUUUAAUUACUCCCAUUCGUUGUGUUCGUGGUAAGCGGCGUGAACCGUACAUAACUCAAACUUCGCUUGGAUGGUGUGUGCACGGAUAUAUGGUAAGUGAUGUUAAUUGCACUGAUCGCUUUGUCUCUUUCAUUAAUAGUUGCACCGAAAAGGCGGGACCAUCGCAGUCUGUCUUUCACGUACACACGGUAGGAUCGAUUACUAGCGAUCUCUCUCUCGAUAAUGAUAAUGGUGAAUGUACCUGCGCGCAGUUGCACGAUGCGGUUCGCAGAUUCUUCACGUUAGAGUCUAUUGGUGUAGGUUCGAAGCCGCGCCGCAACCCAGACGAAAUACGCGCUUUACAAAUAUUAGAUGACACUGCAGAAUUAGUACCUAGUCAAUGGACUGUCGGCUUACCGUGGAAAUACGAUGAAUUACAUUUACCCGACUCUUACCCUAACGCUUUUAAUCGGUUAAAGUUAAUAGAAAGAAAAUUUUUGCUCAACAAAGAGUAUGCAACUCGUUAUUGUGAAAGAAUGACAUACUUAUUUUCUAAUGGUUAUGCUAGAGAACUUAACAAGACCGAUGAAAACCAUAAUAAACGUAUAAUAUGGUAUUUGCCGCACUUUGGUGUAGAUAAUCCAAAUAAGAAAAAACUGCGUUUAGUUUAUGACGCGGCAGCAAAGUCGAACGGUUAUUCUUUAAAUGAUUUUCUUUUACAAGGCCCUGAUUUGUUACAAUCGUUAUUAGGAAUAAUGUUACGAUUUAGAGAAAACCGCAUAGGUAUCAUAGGGGACAUAAAAGACAUGUUUUUAAGGAUUAAUGUACGGACAGAAGAUGUUAAUUCUUUGCGUUUUUUGUGGAAAGAUAUUUAUUUAAGUAAUGAAAAUGAACAAUUAGGCUUCGGAAGUAGUAACAAGGACGUCACUAAUUUUCGGCGCUAA